UUGAGUCACAGAGUACCGCAAGCUAGUAAACAGGAAAAAAAAAAAAUCAAGAUCUCUCUAUUUAGCCAGUGACGAUUUUAAUGCAGAUCUUGUACUUCCUCGCACGCAGAAUUAAAUUUAUAACAAGAUGUCGAUCCACGCUGUGGCAGUUGCUUUAAUGUUAUUCUUCAUCGCGUCUUUGCUGCCUACAAGCGACGCCGUUUGUAAAAGUCCAAAAGAAGGCAAAACUUGGAGAAGGAAGAGCUUAUUGGAGCGUGCUAUCCAGUCCGACAUUGUCAUCUAUGGGGAAGUUUUCUUCAGUCCGUGUUGGAAACCUGGCUUUGUAAAACCAACGAACGCUCCACUCACGACGACGCCAACUCAAGUUCCAAGCGGCGUCAACUCCACGAACACAACAAGCAACACGACAGGGUUCCUUACAACUCCUUCGCCAACGAAAGAAGAAAAUGCAACGGUCAACACGACGACUCUGCCUAUCACAGACGUUCCGUACAACUGUAGCACAGAAUACUAUGACGCCAUUAUCAAGGUUUUAUGUGUCUUAAAAGGAGGCUCAGUUCCUCUGCUGGUUAAUCUGGAGGGUCUUGGUCAUGGAGAAGGGGUCUGUCUGGAUGAAUCGCACCACGACCAUCACGCGUAUAGGAUGUUAAAGUAUCUUAUUUUCAUUGGAAGGAAGAAAAUCCCAGAUGAAAAAGGUCAAUUCAGGAUUUAUCGCGUGAACUACCAACCUGCACUUAAAGAGAUUGAGGAUGAAAGCGAACUAGAACCUAUCUUUGAAGCCAUUGGUCGAAAUGCUCACCUGCCUAUCAACAACGUCAAUCAGAAGGACCAUGCCAUGUGUAAACCUUACGUGGGUUCAGCGCAUGCCUGCUGUUCGAGUCUUCUAAUGAUCCUAUUCGUGUGCAUUUCUUAUAUGAUGUAUUGACUUCAAAGCUGCACAUCUAGCACAGGAUGAUAAUUAUCUUAAAGGAACGGUCUCCGGUCACAUCACAUUUUGUGACCGUAAAUAACUAAAAAUUUUAUCAUUGAUAAUAAUCCUCGUCUGCCCUAUUAUUUUGUCACUAUCAGUGUGCAUCGUGAAGUUUCAACUGCAUAUGGUUAAUCUCUUUUCAAACGAUGAGGAUGAAUAUUUACGAGUCCCUUAUAGAGUGCUAUUUCGCUCGUCCAAAGUAAGCCAUUUCAUGAUUGACAGGUUGUAACAUUUCAGUUUUGCAUAUAAUGAAGGAAAGGACUGCGGAUACCUCACUGUAUUUACACCCAGAGUGGGGUGGGAGGGGGGCUAACGAGGCUCCGCAAACGUUUCCACUUUCAUAUCAGUCGAGUCUUGAAUAAAGCCGCUUAAAACACU